UAUGCGACGCGCGUGAUGACUUUCCUCCGCGCUGCUUCUCAGCGAGGACCCGCAGAAGCCGCAGCAUCGCAUCUCAUCGCAUCGGUCCAGCUGCGUUAUCGCAUCGUCUGCGCCACUUGCCGGCCAGUCACCUUGGCCGGCAGUGGGCACGGCUGUUGGCUUUGCCUUGUGUUUAUUCUCUUCAUCAUGGCAUCGUCGGACUGCCAGGAAGAUGAUUGCGUCUUACAGCGAGGGAGAUCUCAGAGUGACCCGAGCAGCAGCACCGAGGUCCGCCUGGGUGAGGCGCACCAAGCAGAUGUGAUGGACCAACAGAGGGUGCUGCAGUCCGGCUGCCUGGUCUCAGGGGUUCGUACGCCUCCCGUACGGCGCAACAGCAAACUGGCCAACCUGGGACGCAUCUUCAAGCCGUGGAAGUGGAGGAAAAAGAAAAAUGAGAAGCUGAAGCCCUCGAUCGCGGUGGAGAAAAAAGCAGCUGUGGGACAGAAGCGAGACAACCCCCUCAAACAGAAUCCCGGAAAGAUGGAGACAGAUUCAGACCUUGCUUGCGGCGGCAACAGUGAAGACCAGGACACUCAGGACCACUCGGAUGAAGAUGAGAGAGAUGAGGAGCCCACAGCGUUGCUGGCCGGCACCACUGAAGACCACAAUCUCGAGACUUCAACAGGUGGAAACAGACGCAUCUCAAACGGAACUCCAGAAUUCAGCUUGCCACACUUAGUGCAAAAUAUGAUGGAGGAUUGCAAGAUAGUGGGAGAUCCCAGUCAGGGUGAAAACGGAGACCCACUUGAUGAGCCUUCCAAGGUGGAAGCCUCUGACUGCAAAAAAGAAGUAGCCCACCCUCAGAGACGAGCCAGCACUCCUCCAGGACCCAACCUGAAAGUCAAAGUGCUUACCAGACUGGGCAGUCUCGAUGGUGCGCCACCGGUGCGAGUAAAAAAAUCUCCAGCCACCUUGCCGAGGAAUUUCACGCUCCCCAAAGACCCCCAUAGCUCGCUGUUGAGAGGCCGCAUGUCCACCCCGACCGGCUCCCCCCAUCUUGGCACCCUGCAUUCGCCACUGCCUCCCAGCUGCAUCAUCGAGGAACUGCACCGGGCGCUGGCUACCAAGCAUAGGCAGGACAGCUUCCAAAUGAAGGAUGUGCGUCCAUCUCCCAAACGCAGACUAGAUGCCCGCCUGUCCCGUACCUCCAGCACAGAGAGGGAGCCUGCCGGAGAGCCCGAGACCAAGAAGCAGUCUGAUGAGAACAAGGAGAACCGGCGUCUGGAUGACUACUUGAGUGACCAGGACAGCUGGAACGAGUCUGUGAUCUCUGGGACCCUUCCACGCAGGAUGAGGAAGGAGCUGUUGGCUGUGAAGCUCCGGAACCGACCCAGCAAGCAGGAGCUGGAGGACCGCAACAUCUUCCCUGUGCGCAGUGACCAGGAGCGCCAGGCCAUCCGUCAGCAGAUCGAGAUGAAGCUGGCCAAGAGACUGAGCCAGCGGCCCGCGGUGGAGGAGCUGGAGAGUCGGAACAUUUUGAAGCAAAGAAAUGACCAGAGUGAACAAGAGGAGAGGCGAGAAAUAAAGCAACGGCUGAACAGAAAGCUCAAUCAACGACCGACAGUGGAUGAACUGCGAGACAGAAAGAUUCUCAUUCGUUUCAGUGACUACGUGGAAGUGGCCAAAGCUCAGGACUACGACAGACGGGCAGACAAGCCCUGGACCCGACUGUCAGCUGCCGACAAGGCGGCCAUCCGUAAAGAACUGAACGAGUUCAAAAGUACGGAGAUGGAGGUUCAUACUUCCAGCAAACACCUGACAAGGUUCCACCGGCCUUAGCAAGGUUUCUUCUGUGAAGACUUGCUGAUAUUUGGUUGAGUCAGUGAAGACCUUGCACAGAGUCUUCCAGCGUACCGGCCCACAGUGAGUGGGUGUCCUGAUAUUUGGGUCCAGCAAACCUUAGAGGCUAUGUCUCUAGAAACGGAGCCGCGAGUAGACCACACCACACACAGUCUACUCACAGGAGCAUCUCACGGACAUUCAUGUGACCUUGUCAGGGGAAAAAGAAGAUCCACGCUCUCAGAGACUUUUUUUUGUUUUUGUUUUUGUAAAGCGACUCUUUUAAAAUCCUUCUUUGCAAUGCCAUGGAGGAAGGUGCAUGUGGCCCAGUGGCCCGAUUCCACUGUUGUUUGAGACUUCACCUCCCAGUCCUGCGUGUGACUCUCACUGGUUCAGUUGAUGAUGAGUUUCAUAUCGACAGCGUCAAUGUUCUUAAUCAAAAACCUUGUCUGUGUACAAGACAACCUCCCUUUGUAAGCACUAUUUAUUGUCUGCACAAUACAGGUUUUCAAUUUGUAAAAAAA